ACCGACUGGGGCGACUAGAGGCGACAGAUAUUCGACAAGUAAGAUGGCGGCGAUUAAUGUGAAAGGCGAAACGUUGUACUAAAAUAACUUGUAAAUAAAGUAAACCGUACGUUACAAUACAAAAACUAUCACCAAGAGUAAUGAGAGGUCAUGCUACACAUACAAAACCCGUCGCAACGAGCACUCAUCAAAUACUCGAGGCCAUAUUUAUGAUGUUAUCUGGCGAGUGAGCGUCCUCGGAGAGCACAUUUAUAAAUGAUUGCAGAAAACGGAGGCAAUGGGCCAUUAUUUAUAUAUAUGAACAGAAAUCAGUUGGACAGGAGCUCAAGUGCAUAAGUUUCGUAAUAGUAAACACAACUGAUUGUUUACUGCAAAUUAUGGAUGAAAGUGUGGACUACUAUUGACAUUUUACAUACAUUGAUAAAAACACAACACGGAGGUGGUAAUGGAUCCAGUGGGACCAUGGUCAGCAUAUGCGUCAUACAACCGAUUAGCAGGGGUCCAAGCUGGUGCUGCAAGUGGGGACUUUCAUCACCACCUUGCAAGCGGUGGAUCAGGAUUAGGCAGCCAGUCAGUCCCAUCAACAACGAGUCAAUUACUACUCCAGGCAGCACACACAACAGCUUCAUUAGCAGGCCAACUUGGUUCAUCAACUGCAUCACCUUUUAAUCCUGGGGGAUUUUUAUCUCCACCAUCUGUAGGAUAUGAUGCAAUGUUUUCACCUCUUUUUCAUCAUGCCAAUCCAAAACCGGCCCAUUACAGUUCUUCAUUACAAGCACAACAUCGGCAAGUUAUAGCCCAAGCUCAAGCCGCUGUUGCCUCUAAACAAUCUUCAGUUGAAUCUGAACUUUCUUCGUUGAGAGAGAAUUACUCACAUCAGACACUUGCUGCACAGGGUGCAUCGUUUUUUGACCAAUCUUCAACCCCAGGAAGCACUACGGGAUUGAGUUGGCAAGGAAACAAUCAACUUCCAAGUCCGUUUGGAAUAUUACCACAUGAAAGUGUAGUGCCUUCAUCACCUAGCCCUGCGACAACAAAGGCGUCCUCAACUUAUGAGAAUUUUAAUGCACACUUUGCUGCAGCACAAACAAUCAAUAAUCAUCUCAAUUCACAAAUUUCUAGUACUGGUAAACAAGCAAAUAGGUCAGGAUCACCAGCAACUGCAACAAAACAGCCAGCAACAUCAACACCAUCAUCAACGUUUUUCCAAUCUCCGACUACAUUUGGAAAUCAGACUGAUAAUUCAUAUAGUACAAGCAGUGCUAAAAGUGGUCAACUAUCAUCACAGCAGGAUUAUGCUGGAAGUAAGUCCUAUUCAAGUUCUGCAAGUUCAACUGUCCAUUCUCAACAAUCGUGUAUAGUGUCAACUCCACCUAUAAGUUCUUCUCCUACACCACCUAGUAAAGACUAUAGACCCACAUCUAGCACCACUCCCAGGCCUUCAACCACUAUUUACAACUCCCAGACCCCUAAGACAAGCGAAAAAACAUCUAGACAUAUUUCAAAUACUGGAAGCAGUAGUUUUGUUUCUCCAACUUCAAAGCCACCACAAGUUCAAACUAAAGCACAAAGCAAAAUAUAUCCAGAAAUAAAUAAUGAUCAAAGAAAAAGUUGUGAAUCUAGUGAAAAAAGUCAACCCCAGUCAUCACCAAUUAGUUAUUCGAUAAUGGAUGCACCAGGUAGAUUAAAUUAUAAUGGCAGCACCGGCAGUUCAUCAAAAUCUAGUAGAAUAAGUAAUUCUCAAUAUUCAUCUACACAAAGUUCAAGCUUUAGACAUUAUCAGAGUGGAAAUAAUGUUGAAUCAGAUUAUCAUGUUAGAGCUAAAAGUAGUUCUAGUACUGAUACUGGGUAUUCUAGUAGUAGUUCUCAGAAUGGUCCAGAUUGUGGUGUGGUAGUUGCCAGAAGGCAAAGCCCAUCACAUGCACCACCACAAUCGUCUCCAAUAGGUCAUGGAUCUAGUCCUGCUUAUCCCAUGUACCAUAGUCCUAUGAACUCUAUCAACUCACCACAACCACAUAAUGAUCACUAUAAUAAACUUGCUCCCCGAUCUCCAUUGGAUGCGUCGGUUGCACGCCCUCCUUCACAGAAUAGUCAAGUUGCAUAUCCUUCAGUCAUUACAAGAGCUUUAGGUAUAGAACAAAAUAAAACAUACACAGAAAAUCGUUAUGACAGAAAUUCAAGUUCUGGUCAGGGUUGUUGGGAAAAUGAACGUCAAACUUCUAGAAAGUAUUCAAGCAGUAGUAAUAGUUAUAACAAUACAGAUAGCAAUAAUACUCCCAGUGAAGAAACAAGUAACCAAUCCCAAAAUCAACCUUCAAGUAGGAAUCUAAAUGAUAAACACUAUUUUGAUAGCAAUAAUGUGGCUUUACAAGACUUGUCUAGUUGUAGAGGAGAUCCAAUGAGUAUAGUAAAAAAUUUGCAAAACUUACAACAAAGUUGUCAGUUGCAAGAUGUCAAAGCUACAAAAACUCAAACUCCUACAACAAUUACGACAUCAAAAUCAUCUGUGCAACGAAGAAAAAGUGCUGAUAAAGUAAUACAUCCAAAUGUUAAUGAAUUAUCUAAUGCUGUGAUGGCAGAUUAUUUAGCUAAUCGAAUUCCCCCUCCAGCACACAGCUCUACUACAAAUCAACAGCAAAAUGGUAGUUAUUUCGAUUUCGAAAGAUGGAAUCUCCCUCCUCCUCCUCCUAAAAUGUUUCCUGGAGCUUCAGCAUUUGGAUCCCAUGCUACUAAUUUCGCAAAUCAACAUCAAGCAUUAGCAAUGCCCCAUGGACAUGCUCUGACAUAUUUCCCACCUUUUCAUCUAGGUCCUCACCCUGAAUUCCAGUCCUCAGUGGAGUUAACACCAUUAUCGUCUUUUAGCGAAACUCCACCUUCGGCUUCCUCGUCAUCUUUUUCGACGCCAGAAACACGUGAAGAGGAACAGCCUAAGGUGGUAGUGCCUAAUAUAGAGGAAGAACUUGGUUUCCUUGCAGAACAACGAGCAAAUACUACAUCGUCGGUAGCACCCUCUUCACAGCAGCAGACCAUAAACAGCACUUCACAAGACGCUACUUCGAAAAUAAUGGAAAAAAAAUUCAGCGUUCCGGUCACGGGUCCUGGCUCAGGCUUCAUGGCUUCUUAUUUAAAAUUUUUGCAAGGAGAACGCGAUACUUCUCCCCCUCCGGCAGGAAGAGGCGCCAGGAAAUCUACGUGGUCAAGAACAAAUACAAAUAGCAACACUAGUAAUAAACCAUAUGGUCAGAAUGACCUUACUAAAAGUCCAUGUGAUUCCAGUGUCACACAGCACAGUGCUAAUGGUGCAAUGCCGUCUUCAAAUGUAAUAAAUACAGGCAUGUCAUUAGGCAAUCAAGUAAUGAGCUCUUCUGCUAGUAUGAGCACAACCGGUUUGUUAGGUGCUAACCAGGUACAUAGUGGGUCAUCAAAUCUUCUGAACUCACAAGGAAAGGGAGUUGAGUUAGAUGAUCCUCGUUAUUACAAUUUAAAUAAAGAUCGGAAACGUAAAUACGAUGGAACUGAAGAAUCCGCUUAUGAUGCGGAAGAGGAAGCCCGCAGGUUAAAUAAGCCGGUGCUAAAUGUGCCUAGUACGCCUUUAAAUGACAAAGCGAAGAAGGGUCGAACUACGCCGUUGAAUAAGCCGACUCCUUCAGCCGUAGUGGCGCCUCAGCCGGCCGCGCCCAAGAAGCCACGACCGCCUGCGCCGCCGCCCGUGGCCGCGCUGCAUCCUGCGCCACAACAACAAUACUAUUAUCAGCAUCAACCUGACGAAGUGUCUAGCCACGGAAGUAAUUUGGCCUAUGGAAUUUAUGGUGCAACCGACAGUGACAGUGCAAAUAGAAAAUUACAACAAAUGAAUAAGUCUCAUCAACAAGUGACGUCCACAACGGGUCAGAUGGACGGCACGAGGCCAUUGGAGGAAAUGCCGUAUCAGUCUGGUGAAUUCGUCGCGUUAAAAACUGAUUUAAAUGAUAUGUGGCCGGCGAUUUGGAGGGUCGACGGUAAAACCCUGUUACAAAAAUAUGAACCAUUUGAAGAAAACGGAAAAGUUUUAUAUCGCAAUAUAUCAACGUACACAGUGUGGAACCCAGAAAACAAGAAAUUGUAUACCCAAGUACCAGUAAAAGUAAGAUCACAGACACAUCUAGAAACAACUGUAGAAUUAAUAAGAAGUGAAAUGCCAUUCGAUGAUUGCAAUUUCAUAGAGAAAAGAAUGUUGGAAACGCAAAUGUAUCAAGAGAACUUCGAAGUUUACAUACAAACUUUAAUUUCUCAUGCCCUGGAUCCGAAUUUUUUAACAGAAAUAUUCCAAGAACAAGAUGAGUACUUCCUGUCGAACGUGAAGACAGUGGACGAGGUGACGGAGAGCAUGCGCGCGCGGGUGUCGGGCGCGGCGAGCGGGCGGGCGCUGGACGCGGCGCUGGCCACGUGGCCCAACCUCAGCGUGACGGCCGGCGCCGGCUCGUGCCGCGCGUGCGCUCGCCCCGCCGUCGCCACGCUGCUGCUCUUCGGACAGCCCUACAACCCCGCCACGCUAGACCCCGUCCAGCCCGACGCCAGACUCGCUUACGAGAAGGAAUUCCUUGUAUGUGCCACGUGCUGCGGCAGAGUACAGCUGUAUUCGAGGAUAUCCCAUCAAAAGUAUUUAAUGUAUGUAGAAUGUAGUAAACGAGUGGCUGAAAAACGAAUGCAAAACCCCAGUAAGGACACGACGGUUAUAUUAAACGAACUCUUGGCGGAUGAAGCUUGGCUCUCACAGUUAUUCCGGGACGUAAGGCAUUCGUGGGCUGAGGCGGAAUCCUGGGAACGUAAAAUGAGACACGCGAUGUCCCGACAAAUGAUAUAACACUAAUAAUAUGGUCGAUACAGGUGACCGGUUAAACUAUAAGGACAAUUUGGAAUUCGGUUUGAUAUUGUGACAAUACAUACAAAAAUGUAUGUAACCAAAUUUGAGUUUACUAAAAAGUUUAGCAUUUAUUAUGGUUCUCAAAUGACCUGGAGCAGGUUUUUAUAAUUUUAUACCAGUAACAUAUUGUCAAAUGAGUAUGGAUGGUAUUAAUCGUUUAAAUUGUGAUGUGUUUAGUUAAUUUUAAACACUCUUAGUGCCAAUCUUUGAUAAUUUUAGCGUUUGUUUUUUUUCCCUCUCAUUUCAUAAGAAAGUUCAUGUAUUCGAUUUUUUUUUAAAAGCGCCUUUUGUAAUAUACAAAAUUUUUUAACAAUGAAUUAUCAGCAAAGGAAGGGUGUGUAGGGCCAAAUCUGAAACUACAAGAAUUAGCGAAAAUUUUUCAAAAAACAUUUUGGUAAAAAUUAAACACAUUUUUUUAAUCUAUUGCUUUGUCGGUUAUUGUAUUGAAUAUUAUAUAAAAGAAA